UGCGAUUAUACCGUUAAUUUCAUUAACUCAUUUACUUGUAUACAGCUUUAUAUAUUCCCAUACUUAUAGCUAUAUAUCUAUACUCAAUAUUUGUUUACAAAUUCAUUAAAAUGUAAAAAAAAAAUAGUAAAGGAAACUUUUUUUCGUAUCCAGACCGUCUUUUAGAAUAUUUAUAUAUCUACAUGGUAGCUAUAUACAGAAGUAAAAAGGUUUCUUGGUCAUAGUAAGCUUAUGUUGUCAAUAUGCCAAAAGAAAUAAAAAAUCUUUCGAGGCGUAGGAAGUACCAAUUAGCGAGUAAUAUUUUAAAAAACGUAGAUAAUUUUCAUGAUGCUAACGUAAAAGAAAAUCGAAUCAUUCAGGAACUAUUCACAGCAGCAGCAGCAACAGAAGCUAAUAAUAAUAAUAAUAAUAAUGAUAACGAUUAUCAUUACUCGCCUCUCCAAGAACAAAAUGUUCAUCUCCAAACAAAUUUCAGUAUUCAUCAAUCUAAUGACAUUGAUAUACCUCAACUUUUGAAUAUUUUAUCAUUAGAUGAUUUUAAUUAUGUUGACGUUGAAGACCUGACUAAUGAUAUUUGCCCACGUGGAUUUGACAAUCAAAUUGAUGAGAACCAGCUUCAUGCUUCAAAUGAUUUAAAAACAGACCUACGUUUUUGGUUUUCCCAAAACAAUGUGUCACAGCGGGCUGCAAACAGCUUAAUUGAAAUUCUUAGGAAUCAUGGACACAGUGAAGAACUAAAUAAAGACGUACGAAGCUUGAUGAAAACACCACGACAUGCUGCUGGAGAAAUUAUUCAAGCUAAUGGUGGUGCAUAUGUCCAUUUUGGAAUUUCUUCUGGAUUAAAGCGCUCAAUAGAAAAAUAUUUUAUUGAAAUACCUAAUACUAUUUCUAUUCAAGUAAAUUGUGACGGGAUGUCAUUUUCCAAUUCAUCAAAAAGUCAAUUUUGGCCUUUACUGGUGGCUAUUGAAGCAACUUUCUAUACGGAGCCAUUUAUAGUCGGUCUUUAUCACGGAUUUUCUAAGCCCGAAGAUGCGAAUUUUUAUAUUUCUCCAUUCGUCGAAGAUAUGAAAGAGAUUUUUAGGAAUGGUAUUAUAAUUAAUGAAAAAAAAAUAAAUAUUGUUAUUAGCGCUUUUAUAUGUGAUGCUCCUGCAAGAGCUUUUUUAACACUCACAAAACAUCAUAGCGGAUAUUUCGGCUGCUCCAAAUGUUGUCAGGAGGGAGAGUAUGAUGGUCGUGUUUACUUUCCUGAGCUCAAUAGCGCUUUGCGAACCAACGAAUCUUUUAAAAAUAUGAGCCAAGAAGAACAUCAUCGAGGGGAAUCUAUUUUGCAUGAUCUAAAUAUUGGCAUGGUAACACAGUUCACUUUAGAUUACAUGCACUUAGUUUGUUUGGGUGUAGUUAAACGUUUAGUGCAAUUUUGGUUUCGAGGUCCACGGAAUGUGAGGUUAUCUGUUGAUCAAUUGAGUUUAAUUGAAAAAUCAUUCACGGAUAUAAAAAGCUUUCUUCCAUCAGAAUUUUCGCGAGAACCAAGAUUUUUUGACCUGAUUGAUAAGUGGAAAGCCACGGAAUGCCGACAAUUUCUUUUAUAUACUGGACCUGUAAUAUUGAAAAGUUGUAUGCCCAGUCGACAGUAUAACCACUUCAUUGCUUUCAGUGUCGCAAUCCGCAUUUUAUGUGAUCCCCUUCGAUGCAUCAGUCUUAACAGUUAUGCGACUGAAUUGUUACGAUGGUUCGUAGAUGAAUAUGAAAAAUUGUAUGGAAGACUCAACUUGUCAUAUAAUGUGCAUAAUUUAAUUCAUCUUCCUGAAGAAGUUAAAAAUCACAAACACUUAGAUAAUUUCAGUGCAUUUAAAUUUGAAAACUACUUGGGCAAAUUAAAAUAUAAACUUAGCGAUGCACCUAAACCUCUUGAGCAAAUUUGUAACCGAAUUCAUGAAGAAAGCAGAUUACCAGUUGUAAAAAAAAAAUCUAAAACUCAUCCGAUUAUAAAAUUUGAGAGGAAUUCUUCUAAAAUCGUAUCUUUGGAAUUUGAUGGAUUUAUUUUAAACAAAAAAAAAAUGGCUUUUGCUGCUUAUUAAAAAAUGACACCAUCUUUUUAAUUGAAAAUUUUCAAAUAAUUGAUAAUGUUGUUCGUAUAAUAGGAAAACAAUAUACAAAAUUUAAUUCGUUGUACACUGAGCCAUGCGAUUCGAAAGUUUUAAAUAUUUAUACGAUAGAAAAAUAUUGUAAGACGCUUCAUUCUAUUUCUAUCGAGCCUUUAUUUAUAAAAUGUAAAUGUGUAUAUUUUUUAUUACCAUCCUGCAAUGAUGCAGUUGUUAUUCCUUUA